AUGGGAGUUAAAUCAGAGACCAAGUAUGAGGCGUCGCCUGGGGUCAACUGCCAUUCGAGUGAGGAGGCCGGUGAAAAUGUGGCUUCCAUGAAUGGAGGAACACUUCAGGACAAACGCGACAUGUAUCGAGUCGGAAACAACCAAGAAUUAAACCGGAAUUUCCGUUUUGUAUCGGUCCUGGGCUUUGCUGCCGUCCUUAUGUGCACUUGGGAGGUGGUCAUGAUCGCAAGUACAACUGGGUUGAUAAACGGUGGUUUGAGUGGAAUGAUCUAUACCUACAUCGGUGGGCUAUUCGGCUUUUCAUUCGUGAUACUAGCAAUGGCGGAGAUGGCGUCGAUGGCGCCCACUUCAGGAGGCCAGUACCACUGGGUAUCCGAAUUCGCGCCAGCUAGCUCCCAAAAGUUCUUGAGCUAUGUUACCGGCUGGGUUUGCGUGCUUGGUUGGCAUACUGGCAUCGCAGGCUGUUCCUAUACUGUUGCGAAUAUGCUUAUUGGCUUAAUUGCAAUUAAUUAUCCUCACAGCUAUACUCCGGAGCGAUGGCAUGGCACUCUGCUUAUCAUUGCAAUCGCAUUUAUUGCCAUUAUUUUCAACACUUUCUUUGCACAAAAGCUACCGUUCAUUGAAGGAGUCAUCCUACUCGUCCACGUAUUCGGGUUCUUCGCAGUUCUGAUUCCGCUGUGGGUGCUAGCCCCAUUAAAUUCAGCAGAGGACGUCUUUUUAAACGUCGUUGAUAGAGGAGGCUGGGGGAAUAAUGGCCUGGCGUGCCUGGUUGGAUUAGGAGCUCCAAUAUACGCUUUGAUAGGACCUGAUUCUGCUGUACACAUGUCUGAAGAAAUCAAGGAUGCAUCUCGAGUCUUACCCCUAAGCAUGCUCUGGACGCUUAUAUUGAACGGCAGCACUGGCCUAAUUAUGUUAAUCACAUACGCCUUCUGCGUGUACAACGUUGAUACGGUCCUUGCAGAUCAGACAGGCUUUCCAUUCAUUUCCGUUUUCUUGCAUGCCACCCGUUCGGUGAGGGCGACAACUGCGAUGACAUCCCUUAUGUUGGUCCUCCAGGCCUGUUCGGCCAUCAGCAACGUUGCAACCACUUCACGCCAGCUCUAUGCAUUUGCCCGUGACGGUGGAAUCCCCUUUCCCUCAUUCUUUGCCAAGAUUGAUAAACGAUUCGUUGUGCCCCUCAACUCGCUCUACGUCAGCUUCUUCAUCGUCUGUCUCCUAUCUCUCAUCAACAUUGGAUCCACAGUAGCAUUCCAGGCCAUCCUAUCGCUCGAAAAAAUGGCUUUACGAUACGAUAGACCCGGUGGAGAGCCAUACCUUACGCUUUCCAGCCAUCCAGACAUCAUCAUCACACCCGAGAGACUCGAGGAUGCAAGCGCAAAAGCACGAAUACUGAACGAUAUAACUGUGGCGAAAUGGCUCAGCAGCCCUCCCUAUCCUUACACGUUAGAACACGCAAAAGAAUACAUCCAAAUGUGCAUCGAUGAGAAUUCACAGGUCAUGAAGGAGGAUAUGCUGCUAGGGGAAGAUGGAAAACGCAAAAAUAAAUUCUUUAAGGCUUGCCCUGUGAAUUCAAUUCGCGAGAUACAGCCGGACACUGGCGAGGAGUUAUUGAUAGGGUGUAUAACCGUGAGCAAACAUACGUUUCUGGAAAUCGAGGACGAAGCAGAGAGAGAAGAAGCGAAUAAGGCCAACGAAGCCAAAGAGGCUGGUGAUAAAAGCAUUGCAUGGACUAUAGGGAACUUCCUCAGCCCAUCUCACCAAGGGCGUGGCAUCACGACGGCUGCAGCCGCGGUCAUGCUUGAAUGGGGAAAAGAGUAUCUGAACAUGCAGGAUGUCCGGAUCGGUGUAUUCGAGGGAAACAUCGCCAGCCGUAGGGUGUAUGAGAAGAACGGAUUCGUCUAUGAAACAACGAUUAAAGAUGCAGUAACCAUAGCAGAAUCAAAGGGGGGCGGGAUAGUAUCAUUGGAGACCUUUAGGUGGGAAAGAUCUUGA